CGGUCGGUCAGUCAGUCAGGCAGCUGCUGGUCUUCAUACACAUACACACAGAGAGACACACAGGUCUGAAUGGUGAAAGGAAGGUAAAACCGGCUACAAAAUCGCCUUUUACAGCGGAAUGUUCACUCGAAGGGGUUAUGGAGACGUCAAGAAAUCUUCACAGAAAGUUCUGGACCCAAAGAAGGAUGUUUUCACGCGCCUGAAGCAUCUGCGCGCGCUGUUAGAUAUUACUGAGCGGAAUGAACUGAAGGCAUUUUUUGAAACCAACUGCUCACAAAUUUAUUUUAUCUUCUAUGAGAAUUUCAUUACACUGGAAAGUAACCUAAAGCAAAAAGGGAACAAAUCUCAACGGGAGGAGCUGGACUCCAUCAUCUUUAUUUUUGAAAAAAUUCUGCAACUACUACCUGAGAAAAUCAACAGUCGCUGGCAGUUUCACAGUAUAGGUUCAAUUCUCAAAAAACUUUUGCACACUGGAAACUCAUUCAAGAUUCGCUGUGAGGGUAUGCGCUUGUUCCUUCUCUGGCUUCAGGCCCUGCAGAGUAACUGUGCCGAAGAGCAGCUCCUCAUCUUCGCCUGUCUGAUCCCAGGAUUCCCUGCUGUACCCUCAUCCAGAGGACCAUGCACACUGGACACCAUCAUCUAUAACCCCUUCUCCAACCCACCUGAUGCUAAGAUCGUGGCAGAGGAGAUCACGCCACUGGUGCCUGCAGUGCCUGGAGAAAAGGUGACGGAUGAUCACAUCUGCUCCAUCCUCCAGAUUGUGCUAAAGGUCAUGGUUCUUCAGGCCUCCAGCUUGGACUGGAAAAACAAAGAGAACCAGGACACAGGCUUUAGGUUUCUGUUUUCUCUCUUCAAGAAGUACUACAUGCCUCACCUAUUCUCCACCUUUACAAAACACACCAACCUCUACAAACCACAGUUAGAUCUUCCCAUUCACAGACCAAAGCCCUUGUAUGUCCCCGUGACACGAAACAACGAGAGCACGUACUGCACCAGGGACCAGUACCUGGCUCCCCGCGUGGCCUUCAUCACAUGGCUCGUAAACUUCUUCCUGGAGAAGAAGUAUGUGAACUCAUCCACGAGCAGCUCAAAGAAUGGAGGAGAGGUGCUUCCCAAAAUCAUCCAGACUGUGACUGCAGGCGGUAUCAGUCAGGAGAAGAGCUCAGACUCUGAACCCAAUGGUCCUGUGGAACAGGAUAAGAGUCACUCAAACAGCAGCACGCUGUCCGAUCGCAGGGGCAGUAACUCCAGUCUCUGUAGCAUUGAGGAGGAACAUCGAGGCGUCUACGACUUAGUGCAGUCCAUCUUGCUAUCCACUCGCGACAACGUCAAUUUCGUCAAUGAGAUCUUCCAUCAGGCCUUCCUUCUGCCGUCAUGUGAAGCUUCAGCCACCCGUAAGGUGAUCAAAGUCUACAGGAAGUGGUUUCUGCAGGACAAGCCCAGUUUCAUGAAUGAGCCCGAGAUCACCAACCAGGGAGAAGAUGGUGAGGAAGAGCACCACGUCUCCGAGACGGACAGUGUACACAUUCAGAUGCAGGCCAUCGAGACUCCCGGACAUAAGAGAUCGUCCAGUUGGGGGCGCACUUACUCAUUCAGCAGUGCCAUCAGCAGAGGCUGUCUGACUGAAGAACAGAACCACAAUGUGAAGGCCGGCAUUCAGCCCGCCCUACAGGUUUUCCUGACAAACUCCGCUAACGUGUUCCUGUUGGAGCCGUGUCAGGAUGUGCCGAAGCUGUUGGAGAAUCAGCUGGAUGUGUGCCGAGGAGUGCUGAGCGUCUAUCGCCACAUUAUUAUGGAGCAAAACAUGAACCGCCAGACCUGGGAGCAGUUACUGCAGGUGUUGCUGAGGAUCACAGAAGCGGUGAUGAAGAGACCACAGGACAACCAAAGAAAAGAUGUGUUCGCCCAUAGUCUGGCCAGCAUCCUCUUUAAAACGAUCUUUGUGGCGUGGGUGCGGGCAAACCUUACGGUGUUCAUAUCCCGUGAGCUGUGGGAUGAUCUGCUGGCUGUGCUGUCGUCUCUCAGCCACUGGGAGGAGCUGGUGUUCGAGUGGGCCAGCAUCAUGGACUCUCUUACUGCGGUGCUGGCACGAUACGUCUACGGUCUGGACCUGCACAACCUGCCGCUGGACAAACUCUCAGAGCAGAAGGAAAAGAAGCAACGAGGCCGAGGAGUAAUGCAGGACUCUCAGAAAUCCUCAGAUGGUACUCGAACGUUCUCCUUGAGCUGGAGGAACUCAGGAGAUCAGAUGGGAGCUCAGGAGCCCAUGAGAAUUCGCAGUGCCACCACCACCGGGGCUCCCGCCGUGGAGAAAGCCCGCAAUAUCGUCCGACAGAAAGCCUCAGACGUGGAGGAGUGUCAGCUGUCUGAAUGUGAGACAGGUGAUGGAGACAGUCCACUUCCCCGCUCCAGCAGUGCAUCUGACAUCACACAGCAGAUCAACGACACCUUCCCAGGACCGAAGAGAGAUGAGUCUCCACAUGCAGGCAGAGCAUCAGAAAACAGCUCUACAGGGAAAAGAGAAAUUGACGCUCCCAUGAUUCUGAUCCGGAGGAGCAGCAGUCCAGCCGAUCUGGAUUAUCCACCAGAGGGCGCUCCAACAUCCAAAACUAGACAGCGGCAGAAAAGUGAAAGCAUAAGCAGUGAGACGUCUAACGGCUAUCUGAACGAUGCUGAGGCGGGUCUGCUGUCGUGGCAUGCGGUGGAGGUGGAGCCGGACUCCUCCUCUCAUGAGAUGAGUGUUACCGUGGAAACAGGGAGUCAGAGGAGCCUCCUACUGAGCCACACUGAAGCUCUGGCAGGGUCUGAAUGUGCGGCCCCUCCUCAAUGUCCCCCAGUGUCUCCUGCUCUUCUCCUGCCUCAAGGAUGCUGUGAGGGCCCUCAGCUCCUGGAGGAGGCCAUGAACAUGUCUCACCAUCUGGAUAGCAGCGAGUUUCUGGCUGAUGACGUCAGCAUCAUCGCCGGUGGCAGUUUGACUGGAUGGCACGCCGACUCUGCCUUCGUCCUUUGGAGGCGGAUCUUGGGGAUUCUCGGCGACGUUAACAGCAUCCGCUCCGCCCGUAUCCACGCUAAGGUCCUCAGUUACCUCUAUGAGCUCUGGCACAAACUGGCCAAGAUCAGAGAUAACCUUGGGAUCAGGGCGGACACAGACCCAGACGUGCCCAAACCAUUGUUCAUCCCUCCUCUACGAAUGCUUGCCUCCUGGCUCUUUAAGGCUACAAUGCUGCCGUCAGAGUUCAAGCCUGGGAAGCUACAUGCGUAUAAACUCAUCUGUGAGAUGAUGACCAAACAUCAGGACGUCCUGCCUAACAGUGACUUCCUGGUGCAUCUCUACCACGUCAUGCACAAGGGCUUCACCAGUGAAGAUCAGGAUGUGUUGAACACGAUGAUCAGGUGGUGUUCGCCUCGCUUUUUCUUCCUGGGCUUGCCGGGCUUCACCAUGCUCGUGGGCGACUUCAUCACCGCUGCUGCCCGCAUCCUCAACACGGACUCUUUUGAGGCUCCACGGAUCGAGGCUCAGACGAUUCUCGGAUCCCUCGUGUGUUUUCCUAACCUGUAUCAGCAGAUCCCCUCUUUGCAGUCUCCGUCAUCUGAGGACAUCGUAGUGGGCCAAGAAGACAUGAAGGACUAUCUUGUCAACAUCCUGUUAAAGACUGCUCGUAAUGAGACGUGUGAAGGAGCCAGAUGUGUAGCUAUCUGCAGUCUGGGACUGUGGGUGUGUGAGGAGCUGGGACAGGCCGAAACACAUCAUCAAGUUAAAGACGCCAUCAAUGUCCUGGGUGUCACGUUGAAGUUUGGAAAUAAGGUGGUGGCCAGUGUGGCCUGUGACAUCUUUCAACUGCUGAUCUCUCAUUGGCAGCAUUUACAGAGACUUGAAUCGUCCCUUCCCAAGAGAAUUAUAGAGAUAUUUGUAGCAACCAUUGUAUUUCUUCUGCCCAGUGCUGAGCACUCAACAGUUGAGGCAGAUAAGAAGUUAAUGGUGUCUCUACUGCUGUGCCUGCUGGACUGGUGCAUGGCCGUGCCUCUCUCCAUCUUACUGGAGCCCAUCACUAUGCCCGUCCUAGACGACCCUGCUUCGCAGAAGGCUCCUCUGCUCGACUACAUUUACAGGGUGCUGCACACUUGUGUAUCAGGGUCUAACCUACACACUCAACAGAGUCACUACCUCCUCAGCCUCGCCGAUCUGUCGACAGAUUACGAGCCCUUUCUUGCUCUAGGCAAUGUCAAGAGCUUUGAGCCAACACCUGUGCACAAUGCCAUGGGAGACUUUGGAAAUCUCCUUACAGUGGCUGAAGAAAAGAAAAGAAGGAGCUUGGAGCUAAUUCCUCUAACUGCAAGGAUGGUAAUGACUCACCUGGUCAAUCAUUUAGGACAUCAUCCUCUAAACUGCGGCCCAGCCCUCAUAAACAGCCUGGUGAACGAGAACCACGACAACCCUUACGUAGAGUCUUCCGAGCUGUCCUCUGAAGUCUUCAAGAGUCCCAAUCUACAGCUCUUCGUCUUCAACGACAGCACAUUAGUUUCGUACCUGCAGAUCCCCUCUGACAAUUCCAGCACCAAUCUGGAUAGAGAUCAUUCCUCAGAGGUCCGUGUCAUUGUCCGAGACAUCUCUGGGAAGUACUCGUGGGAUGGUGGCAUUCUUUACCAGACGUUGGAUGGAUCUGCUCUGGAUUCUAGCGCCAGCAGAGACAAGUCAUGUCCUGAUUCCACCCGGCCCAUCGCCACCUCCAGGCAGAACUCGGUCCGCUCCAGUAAUUGCUCCUCUGAGGUAGAAGUUGAAGCUGGCGUGGAUGUGCUGGACCAGCUUCUGGAAGGCCUGGGCCACAGCAGUCCAGAGUGCCUGCCACAACCCCAUCUGAGGCUCACCCAGCCUCCGUCUCCACCCGUGGGCAUGAGUCCUGAGAUCGAAGGAUUCAUCAUGGAGGCCAUCCACAGGCAGGCACAGCAGGAGGAUGAGGAUCUGGCCAAGAAAGAAAGUGAGGACUCCAGCAUCAGAGCGGCCUGCCAAAGAGAGCCAACACAUCAGGAACCCAAAUCACCCUUUUACCUCUGCAGACUUCUCCUCAAUGACCUCGGCAUGAACUCAUGGGAUCGCAGAAAGAGCUUUCAUCUUCUAAAGAAGAACUCCAAGCUCUUGAGAGAGCUCAAGAAUUUGGACUCAAGGCAGUGUCGGGAGACCCACAAGAUUGCCGUUUUCUACAUUGGAGAAGGCCAAGAGGACAAAUUCUCCAUUCUGUCUAACACUGAAGGCACUCAAGCCUAUGAAGACUUCGUUUCUGGGCUUGGAUGGGAGGUGGAUUUGGCCACUCACUGUGGGUUUAUGGGUGGUUUACAGAGGAACGGCAGCACCGGAAACACAGCGCCGUAUUACGCUACCUCCAACGUGGAGGUCAUCUUCCACGUGUCAACUCGCAUGCCUUCUGACUCGGAUGAUUCUAUCACUAAAAAGCUCCGUCACUUGGGAAACGAUGAAGUGCACAUAGUGUGGUCGGAGCACACUCGGGAUUACAGGCGAGGAAUCAUCCCCACCGACUUCGGAGAUGUCCUCAUCAUCAUCUACCCGAUGAAAAACCACAUGUUCUUCAUUCAGAUCAUGAAGAAACCGCAGGUUCCUUUCUUUGGGCCUCUGUUUGAUGGGGCGAUAGUGACGGGAACCUUGCUGCCAAGUCUGGUGCGGGCCACGUGCAUCAACGCCAGCAGGGCCAUAAAGUCUCGAUUGCCGCUCUACCAGAGUUUUUAUGAGGAGAGGGCUCUCUACCUGGAAGCCAUUAUUCAAAAUCAUAAGGAGAACAUGACUUUUGAGGACUUCGCUGCCCAGGUCUUCUCACCUUCCCCCAGUUAUUGGCCAGCAGCAGGUGCAGCAGGCAGGCGUUGGCCAGGGAUGGUUUGGGACGUGGACUACCACUGGGCCAAGCUGGACUGUAAGACCUUUCUGCCUGCUUCUUCCAUUAGGCAUGUGGCCCUACACAUCUGUUACCAAACACCACUCUUCCUCCUCUUCCUCCUUUCUGUCUUUUCCUCUCCUUUUUUAUACCCCCUGCAUGUCUCUCUGUUUCUUAAAGAGAUUUAAGCACAUUCUCCAUCGUUCUUUCUCCAGUACGUGUUAUUUUUUAAGUUAAACUGUGAUAUAUGCGUGGUGGUCAUGUGAGCUAAACUCUGGGUUGUUUUCAACCCAGCAUUGGGUCAAAAAGGGGUUAAAUUAACCCAGAAAAUUGUAUAUUUGAACAAUGGGUUAAAACAACCCAGCAUUUUUGGUCGAAGCAACCCAGCAUAGGUUAAAUUACAACCCAACGGGUAGGGUUCGUCCCUUUUGGACUAAGCAGUGGAUUGAAAAUAACCCAGCAGCAUUUAUUUGAAAGUACAGUCAAUUUACACAGAUUUCAGGAUCUAGGUCUGUUUCAAAACUAAAUUAUAUUGCUUUUUAUUUUAAAAUUAAAUUUAGUUUUAUUGUUAAAUUACAAGAACUUUAUUUGAACAUUUUUAUUAAUGGUCACUUACAUUUAGUGUACAAAUAACCUAUACUUGCAAAAAACAAUGAUUUUCCUAAACAUAAUUUUUGUAUAAUUCUUACUGAUAAACAACCGGGCAGAAAACAACCAAAAGUGACCCGUGUUAUCCACCUUAUUUUGGCGUAAAUCUUUGAGCUCUUUUGUGUGAGCCACUAAAGCUGUUGGCAUUCGUAUUGCGGGGGACACGAGCAUCCCGUUUUGACUGGCUUUUAAUGUUUAUUAUGAAAUCCCGGAAGGCCGGCAUAAUUUAUGGGGUUGCCAUAAUACCAGAUACAAACGCAGUUCAUCUCUACAAAAAUUUGUUUUGACCAUAAUCCACGCUAAAUGUCGAAGUGACGCAUGGGCACCCAUGAUCUGUAUUUCCACAUAUAUCCAAUAAAACCUUUCAUACACUGUAUGUAGAAAUUACAGUAUUACUGGCAGCUGUUUAUUUAAUUUUAUGCUGUUUAGUGGUUUGUUUAAAAGUUAAAGUUUGUAUCUUUACAGAAUAAGACUAAAGUAAUCGCCUCAUGCAAAGCAUUCUGGGAACCAAAAUCUGAAGGAAAAAUCAGAAAAAGGUUGAUGAGGAUUUCUGGUUCCCAGAAUGCUUUGCAUGAGGCUGUAAUUUAUAGUUUUAUUCUGUAAAGACAAAGACUUGUUAAUGUUUAGUCUUCAUUUAACUUUGAACAAACUAUUGCCAGUAAAUAACUUACAUUUACAGUAAGUUACUGGCAAACAGCUGCAUAACUACAGCAUUUUUUUACAGAAACAAUAAAUACAGUAAUUGUUCAAAAACAACUAAUAUUAUGCUGUUAAAAAAUGCUUAUUUAUUCAUUCUGCUACUAUAUAUUAUUACAAAAAAAUUUGAUGAUAAUACAAAAUUAUAUACGACCAAAACUGCUUAUUAGUUAAUGUUUAUAAUACUUCUUAAUGUGUUUGCAUAUACUUUUAUUGUUUUAAAUAAAAAAGCAAAUUCCCUAACCUCAAACCGCAUGAUAAAGCAUGAUGUGCCGCCAUAGAAACUCGAAGAAGUCGAUUAAGAAUAGCCAUUUAAAAAAAUCUCACACCAGGAGGACAGUUGUGACAUUUUUAACAUUCGCCUGAAAAGGUUAAAAACAUGAAUUCUUGGCAACAACAAAAUGAUUGAAUAUAUCAUCAUCAUCAGGCAACUUUUUCAUUUCAUCCUUUUACUUUGGAGGCAGGUACGGCAGGUGUAGUAAAUGUUUACCAUAACUGUCUUAAUCAAGUUUUGUGUGCUCUCACGACAUUGUUUCUACCGGCCGGCUCUUGAAAUGGAAGUCUCGCACAAAAAGGGAAAUAUGUCACGUUACUUACUUUCGCAGUCGAAAAUAAGGUGGAUAAAUAUUAUGCUGAUGCAACCAAAAAUAACAUCACCUACAGUCUCUCUCUUUCUUUUUCUUUCUCUCUCUAUCUCUCUAUCUCUUUCUCUGGUGUCAACGAAUGACAUUUAAGUUACACAACACAAAUUUCAUGUACAAAUUGUUCAGAGCUGAUCAAUAGAGCCUCUGGUUUUGGCUUUACAUGUUUUACAUCCCACAGCUUUUCUGUCCUGUUCACCGUGUUCAGUAUUCUUUUUAUUUUUAGAACAGAAGUGGGACAGUGAGUUGUGUACCCACCUUCUGCUCAUCAUUACUCACUUUCUAUGUUUUAUAUGUGUGUGUUUUUUAACAUUGGUUCACAUUGUCCCUCCCUCACCCAUCAGAAGUGAUAACUAACACGUACAUUUUCACCAGCGUUCUCUCUCUCUCUUUAUGUCUCUUUACCCCCCCCCCCCCCCAUUACGAUGCGCUGCUUACAAGUUCCU